UACAUCUAAUUCGAUAAAUCGAAAUAUUUUAAUUAUUUGAAUAAUAUAUAUUUAUUUAUUUAUAUUUAAUUAACUUAUUUUUAUAAUAAUGUUAUAAGGUAUUUUAUUUUUAUAACUCCGUAUAUAUAUAUAUAUAUAAGUAUAAUAAACAACGAUAAUUACAUACAUAAUUAUUUUUUAGAGGUGGUCUUAAUAAAACACGAAGAAUGGCUAAAAAAAACGCACCAGCAGCUUUACAGACUGAAGUUUCGACCGAUGAAGAAUGGUCAAAGAUCAUGGAACGAAAGGGCCUUAUAGUUGUAGAUGUUUAUUCAGAUUGGAGUGGGCCCUGUACUGGAAUGGUGAGCAUUUUAAAAAAAAUUAAAAUGGAAAUUGGUGGUGAUUUGUUGAGCUAUGCAACGGCAAAGUGUGAUAAUAUUACUGAUCUUGAACGAUUUCGAGGAAAAAGUGAACCAACCUGGAUGUUUAUUCAUAAUGGCAAGAUGGUUAAUUUGAUGUUUGGUGCAUACUGUCCAGAAUUGCAAAAAAUGUUAACUGAUGAAAUUCAAAAAGUUAAAAAUAAUGAGCCGCAUGAAUUUUGUAUUGGAGUUAAUGAAACAAGCCCAGAAGAAGAAAAUCGAUUAAAAGUACUUGAAAAGGAACGUUUAGCUAAAGAAAUAGCAAAAAAAGAAAAAAAAGAAGCCCAAAUAAAAGCCCGAUAUGAAGCUGAAUUGCAUCAUUUUAUGACUUGCUUAAAUAAUCAAACAUGUUUAAUACUCUAUCCAUGGGUUUUUAAAGAUGAAGAAGGUCACAAACGUGAUAAAAAAUCAAGUUUACCUUAUGUAGAUUUAAUUGAAAAUAUUCUUCCAGAACAUUAUACUGUUGAACAAGAACUACGAAAACAUUUGAAUCAAGAUCUUGUAUCGAAAAUUUUUAUAGAGUCUAAUUGGGAAAUAACGUCUGAUAUUCAACAACUUUUAAUGGAUGGAAAAUGUAUGUUUAUGCGGGUUAAAAUGAUUAGAAAUAAUAUUGAUUCAAGUGUAGAAAAAUAUUUAUUAAAUUUACUUUUUGGUGAGCCAACUUUACCAAAAUUAUUAGAUCAACUUCAGGAAGGAUGUUUUGCAGAACGUCACAAUAAACCGGCAUUUAUACCAAUCGGUAAAGAUAAUUUAAUAUUUCCUGUUGUUUGGGCUUCACCAAAUUCUAUCAAUAAAAUCAUGAUAUUCAAAACAAUAUUUAAAAAAUAUAUAGAUACUACAUUUCCUUAUCAAGAUAAAACAGAUGUGACGCCAAUAAUUGUUUUUAAAUUUGAUAGUACGAGAAAAAAUGAAUUGAAAGUUGUUUUAGAAAUGCAAGAAUCUGAAGUUAUCCAUUUUGGUAUUUUCGAAAGAGAUAAACCACCUGAAGCUAAACUUAUAGCAACGAACAUUGACGAAUAUGAAGAAAAAGUUGUUGAAAAAACAGGAUACGAAGCAUUUGUUUGCGUGGUCAAAAAAAUAGGAUCAGAAGCUUUUUUAACAUUUGCUGGAAUUGGUCCUUAUCAUGUUAGUGAAAACCCCGAUAUAGCAAUUGAGGAAUCUAAAUUAUAUUUCCCAGAUGUUAUACUUGCUGAUGAUCAAUCUGAUGAUGAAGAAAAACCAGAAGAUUCAGAUGGACGUGGUGGAGAACAAUUUAACGAAAUUGCUGAUCAACAACUAUCCUAAUGUAAUUUAAUAUUAUGCUAAUAAUUACAAUUACAAUUACUUAUUAAUAAUUUUUUUCCUUGUUUUUUAAUUAUAAUGUAGAAAAGUAAAACAUAAUCAACUAAUAAUAAUAAAAAGAAAAUUUUAGCAACAUUAUUUAUUUACCAGCAAUUAAUUAUUUUACCGAUGUAUAUAAAAUAACACUGGUAGAUAAAUGUAGUGAAUGUUUACUUCUUGUAUCCACAACUGCGUCUACGUCCACGAGCCCUUUCAAAUUUCCUACCCUUUGAACGUACCAAUGGUUUGGUAUGUGAAUGUGGAACACCUGGAGCUGGUCCAAAGUGUUUGACGGCUUCUCUUGCAUUACGACGUCCUUGCAUAAGAACAGUCUUACUUCCAGUAGGUGAUCUCAAUGCCAAUUCAUCGAAAGUUAUUACUUCACCUCCGGCUUUAAGAAUCCGUCCACGUGCUUUGUCAGUAACUCUCAAUGCACAUACCUAAAUUGGGAAUAAAAAAAUUUGACAAAAUUUAUAAUUUGUUAAAUAAUAAAAUAAAAUAAAAUAAAAAUAAAUAAAUAAACUUACUGUCAAUUUUGGACACUCGAAAAUUCUAGCAUCAUCGGUAACGGUACCAACGAUUACGGCAAUACAAUUUUCACGAUGAGGUUUCUUCAUAAAUCUCACAACACGGGCCAAUGAAAUUGGUGGUUUGUUUAUUCUACUCAUAAACAAACGUUUAAGAAUAAUCUUGUUGAAUUUUGAG